CUUUUCUGAGGGGCAGAGAGCAAAAGUGAGCCUGUAGAAGUUUUUCAGAGCCGCAGCUUUUAAGUAUGCCUUUAGAAAAUGAGCUGGGUGAUGUUUGCCACAGAUUUCUUUUGUUGUUGUUUAACCAGGGAAAGGCACCGCGGGAUGAGGAAGGAUUGGGAGCAGCUUAGCUUUUUUGGCUAGGGUUCUGUGAAGAGCACAUUUGUUGGCAAACAAAAUCUGAUUUCUAUAGAUUAAAAAAACAAAACAACCCAACAGCCAAACUCUUCUGGUGCGUGCGCAAUGCUGAGUGCCUAGAAAAUGGUGGUUGGGAUUUUUUUGUUGUGUUCAGUUAGGUCUGAACAUGACAGGUAACUCUGGCAUCUGGGCAGGUGUGGUUAAGGUUGCCAUGGAGAUUCGUGAUGUCAUGCUUGAUAGAGCAUGUCAAGACAGCUAAUUUAACAUGUAGAUGUUCAAAAAGUCCCAUAGGCCAGAAGUAAGCUGUAUGCAAAUAACAAAGUUACGCUGCAAAAGGGCAAAAGAAAAUACGGCAGAGAGAUGGAGUGCCUUUUACCUGGCAGCUUUAAAGGAUUACUACAGGCUUCAUCAUAAAUUAAAACUUUGGGAAGUAAAGGAAGAGGAUUUCUGGACGUUUCUCUGGGCUCACCUGUGGAAUCUCAUAUUUCGGAGGAGCCUUUCCAGAACCUGCCUCCGUCUGAGGAAGAUCGCAGGCACCAAAAUGAGGAUUAUGUGCAGCAGAAGCAAAAAUGGGAAUGAAUUAAUACAGCUGGAUGAGAGGCAAAGACGAGAAGCCCGAAGCCAUCGCAGAGCCCACAGCCCAAUCUGGGAGACCAGACAGAGCAUCUAUCUGAAGCAUCUGCCGACUCCUUAGAGGCCAUGUCUGAGGGUGAUUCCCCAACUCCUUUCUCAAGGGGCAGCCGCACGCGGGCGAGCCUUCCCGUGGUGCGGUCAGCAAACCAAACCAAGGAGAGAUCACUGGGUGUUUUGUAUCUUCAGUAUGGAGAUGAAACAAAGCAGCUGAGGAUGCCGAAUGAAAUCACAAGCACAGACACAAUUCGUGCCCUUUUUGUAAGUGCCUUCCCCCAGCAGCUGACAAUGAAAAUGCUAGAAUCGCCCAGUGUGGCCAUUUACAUCAAGGAUGAGAGCAGAAACAUAUACUAUGAAUUGUGUGAUGUGAGGAAUAUUCAAGACCGGUCUUUCCUUAAAGUUUACAACAAAGAUCCCGCACAUGCGUUUAAUCACACUUCCAGAGCUGUAAAUGGAGACAUAAGGAUGCAGAGGGAAAUUGCCUAUACGGGCCGAGAUGGCCCAAGCGCUUCCCGCUCCGGAUCUGCCACGCACCCCUCCCAUGCGAUGCCCAGCUCUCCGCCCUCCACGCCAGUGCCCCACUCCAUGCCCCCCUCUCCGUCCAGGAUCCCCUACGGAGGCGGACGUCCCAUCGGCGUGCCGGGCAACGCCACCAUCCCCAGGGACCGGCUCUCCAGUGUGUCAGCAUCACGCUCCAUAUCACCCAGCCCAAGCGCCAUUUUGGAGAGGCGGGAUGUGAAACCAGAUGAGGACAUGAGUAACAAAAACUUGGCCCUGAUCCGAAAUGAAGGUCUAUAUGGGGACCCCUACUUGUUUCACGAGGGGAGGAUGAGCAUGGCUGCGCCCCACAGCGGGCACCCCCUCGAUGUCUCCGAUCACAUUGUCACCUACCAUCGCAGUGCCAUGAGGUCAUCAAGCACUUACUGCAACCCCUCUAUGCAGCCUGAAAUGCUGGAGCAGUCCUUGUACAGACAAAAGCCAAGAAAGUACCCGGAGAGCCACUUGCCUACACUCAGCGCUAAAACGCCUCCCGCCUCGCCCCACCGGGUGGCCGAUAUGCGCAUGAUCGAUAUCCAUCCCCACCAUAGUGCACAUGUCCCUCUCCACACUAUCCAGCCUGACAGGGCCUCCCCCAGCCGCCAGUCCUUCAAAAAGGAGCCAGGACCAUCCGUGUUUGUGGAUGCCAAAGCGCGAAGUGCCCUCGGCCACCCAGGCAUGGCAGAGGCUGUGCCGUCCCCCAUCGACAAACAGGCUUUUGGCUAUGGAUCACCUGCAAUGCCCAAGGACAAGGAGACAAGAGAGAGGAUACAAGCCAUGGAGAAACAGAUUGCCAGUUUAACUGGUCUUGUUCAGUCUGCGCUUUUAAAAGGGCCAAAUACAAGUAAUAGCAAAGAUGCUUCUAGUGAGAAGAUGAUGUUGAAAAUUGUGUCCAACAAAAGCAGCGCUGAUGCUACAGGUGCUGCUAAUUUAUCUGGGGGGAAGAACACCUUGGCGACAGUGGAGUCAGCUGUCAUCCAUCACCCUGCUGGAGCCUCGUCGAUGCAAGUCAGCCUGCAUGGUAUGAAACGCAAUGUGUCGGAUCUACGGCUGCAGCUGCAUCAUAUGAAGCAGCUACAGCUGCAGAACCAGGAGAUGCUGAGGGCAAUGGUGAAGAAAGCAGAGCUGGAAAUCAGUGGCAAAAUGUUUGAAACAGUGAAGAGGCUUGAAGAUCCUGUGCAGCGACAGCGCAACCUGGUGGAACAAGAAAGGCAGAAAUACCUCAGCGAGGAAGAGAAGAUUGUAAAGAAAUUAUGUGAGCUAGAGGGAUUUGUUGAAGACCUGAAGAGAGACUCCACUGCUUCCAGUAAGACGGUUACACUGAAAGAUGUUGAAGAUGGAGCCUUUCUUCUGCGUCAAGUGGGAGAAGCUGUUGCCACUCUUAAAGGAGAGUUCCCAACGUUGCAGAAUAAAAUGCGUGCGAUCCUCCGCAUUGAGGUAGAAGCUGUGAGGUUCCUAAAGGAGGAACCACACAAGUUGGACAGCUUACUGAAACGUGUGCGCAGCAUGACAGAUGUCCUUACAAUGCUCAGAAGACAUGUUACAGAAGGACUGCUGAGGGGUGUGGAUCCCUCCCAGGCUGUGCAAUACUCUGCUACAGAAAAGGCCACUGCAACUGAAGCUCUGAAAAAUCAGGAGGAGCCCAAGCAAACCCAGGGACAUGCGCAGCAAAACCUCACAGCAGUCACAUCAGAGUCCCAGGUAUCAUCAGUCAAGUCAGAAGUCGUCCCCUUCUCCACAAUGACGGUCCAUCACGUGCAGAGCUCUCCUGUUGUCAUCCAUCAGUCUCAGCACUCAUCAGCCCUGGUCAACCAUGCCCAGGGUUCACCUGCUGCACCCAGCCACAGUGAAGGGCUGCCAAUGAGCGGCCACCCCUCCACCACCCCACCAGCACCCCCCCAGGAACCAGCAGUAGGAUCCCAGCCCACCCAAGGCAUGCCGGCACUACAGGUCUCUGUCAAUGGCAACACCAUGCAAAGUCUUUUCAUUGAGGAAAUUCACAGUGCAAGUACCAGAAACAGAGCUGUAUCAAUCGAGAAAGCAGAAAAGAAAUGGGAAGAGAAAAGACAAAACCUGGAUCACUAUAAUGGAAAGGAAUUUGAAAAGCUCUUGGAAGAAGCCCAAGCCAAUAUAAUGAAGUCAAUUCCUAACUUGGAGAUGCCUCCCCAGCCAGCAGUCCUGCCUAAAGGGGAUGCAGGGGAGAAGUUUGAAGUCUCAGAAGAUGCUCCGGACGCAGAGCAGGAUAACGACAAGCUGACCAAGUCCCCACCUCCGCCGCCUCCACGGCGCAGUUACCUGCCGGGCUCAGGACUGACCACAACAAGAUCAGGAGAGGUCAUCUACGCAGCCAGGAAGGAGGCGGCUGCUGGCAAGGAAUGCAGUGAAGAUGCUGGGCAAGCAGCGCAGUCCAAAGCCCCUAAAGAAGAUCAGGCUCGAAACACAGGGCUUGCUGUAGCAUCAGCUGUAAAAGAUGAAGAAGAAGAGGAAGGAGAUAAAAUAAUGGCAGAAUUACAGGCUUUCCAGAAGUGCUCUUUUAUGGAUGUAAACUCAAACAGCCAUGCUGAGCAAUCCAGAAAUGAUACACAUGUUAAAGACAUAAAGCCUGGGACUUUAAUGCAUCACAAGGAAAAGAAGGUGUAUGGGGCUACAACAGGAUCUCCCACAGAUAGUGACCAUCCUAAAGAGAAGAGGGAAGGGAAAACUGAAGAAGAAUUGGGUUCUGAUUCAUCCAGCACAAAUGACAGUAAAAUUGGCUUUUCAAUGAAUGACAGUUCUACAUUUAGCAAGGGUUUGUUUGUAGACAGUAGAGACUAUUUUAAGAAAAACCUCCAAAAUAUGAGCACAAACCUGCUCACUGUCAGUUUGCCAGAGGAUGACAAACGAAGAGGGACUCAAGAUACUUUAGGAUCCCAUUUUCCAGCUACUGAAAAUGGAAAGCCAAACCCAAGCUACGGACUGUCUCAAGAUGCUUGCCAGGGCCCUCCGCAGGGUGAAGCUGUGCUGAGCACUGCCAGGUGCAUCCCUCUCAGCAGCGUUGCCCCUCUGGUGAGACCCUCCCAGGAGGCUGCAGGGUCUGCCCCCUCCUCACCCGAGCAAGAAGCUCCUGCAGGCAGCUACGGUCAGGUGGUGCUGAGACCCAAAGUGGCCAGAAGCAACAGCACUGAAGAGACAGACUCUCCAGCUAGCUCUCCAAGUGAAGACAGCCCACCCACUGAAAACAUCGCCUUCAUGAUUACCAAAACAGCUGUCCAGGUCCUCUCGAGCGGUGAAGUUCAUGACAUAGUCAGCCGGAAAGGUGGUGAUGUACAAACGGUGAACAUCGAUGCGCGGAAGGACAUGGCGUCAGAGAAAGGCAUCCCAGAAAGCACUGACAGCGAAGAGCCAGUGGUCUGUCUGGACAAAAAACCCGUCAUCAUCAUUUUUGAUGAACCGAUGGAUAUUAGGUCAGCGUAUAAACGUCUUUCUACCAUUUUUGAGGAGUGUGAUGAAGAGCUAGAGAAAAUGAUGACUGAGGAGAAAAUAGAGGAGGAAGAGGAGGAGGAAGAAAAUGAAGCGCAUGAGAUUUCUAAGAGCCUUAAGGAAGAGCCCCCGGUGCUUAUUGACAGAAAAGCAAUUGCAGAGUAUUCGGCAGCUCACGGUCUCAGUGAGCAGUACGUGUUUAACCUACAGUCUGCCUCCAACUCUGCAGAAACCAGGGCUCCUGCAGAGCCGGAGAGCUCAAAGACUAAUUUUAACAAGUACAGUCAGAUGUAUGGGCUGCACACAGAAGCAAACUUGGACUCUGCUGAUCAGUUUGGAGGCAGGCAGGAUUCUAAGAAAAAGUUUAAGUUUAAAUUCCCUAAAAAGCAGCUGGCUGCUCUGACACAGGCGAUACGUACAGGAACCAAGACUGGGAAGAAGACCUUGCAGGUUGUGGUUUAUGAAGAGGAGGAGGAAGAUGGAACCCUUAAGCAGCACAAGGAAGCCAAGAGGUUUGAGAUCACCAGGUCCCAGACUGAGGACCUCGACAAGAGUCCUGCAGGGAAGCAGGAGGCCCCUCCUGGCGCUGCCGUGCCUCUGUCUAGGACUGACGAAAUUCGACAGAGCACGUACCGAACUCUAGACAGCCUUGAGCAGACCAUAAAGCAGCUGGAAAACACCAUCAGUGAAAUGAGUCCCAAAGUUAUCCCCGAAAGCACACACAGCUCUGAGGGAAGCACUGUCCCCUUCUCUGCCCCGCUAGUACCAGAGGUCCCACCCCGAGAGCUUGUAGUGCUGGAUGAGAGCCGUGGUGGCACAGAGCCCCCUCCGUCAGUCCCAGCCACUUCACGUAAGGGCCCCAACGCUGCCUCGCAGACGAGCCGGAUGCCGGUGCCCAUGGCUGUGAAAAGUAGACAAGGAAGCACGGAGAAAGCAGGCAAACAGCACAAGCUGCAGGACCCGCGCCAGUACAGACAGGCUAAUGGAAGUGCUAAGAAAGCUGGUGGGGACUAUAAGGCUACUUCCCCCACCCUCCCUGCUUCUAAGAUCCCUGCCUUUUCUCCCACUUCUGGGAAAAGCAGCUCUGCCCCUGCUCCCAGCGGUGAUGGCCCUAACCCCCUUACCCCACCUGCCAAGCCCUCCGUGCCCCCCUCCGGCCUCCUCGGGCCCCAGGCUGGCCGUGUGGCGUACUCGGCCUCCCUGAUCCCCUCUGUCGCUAACGGCUCCUCCAAGUUCCAGAGCCCACCCUACGCCGUGAAGGGCCACCAGCUCUCCUUCUCGCUGCAGACUCAGAACGGCCGCCCACCCCCACCUUCCUCCUCCACCUCCCCCCCAUCCUCUACCUCUCCCACCUCUGUGAACCAAGGUGUGAAGAGCAUCAGAACCAUCCACACUCCUAGCUUCACCAGCUACAAGGCACAGAAUGGAAGUGCCGGCAAGUCUGCUGCCCCUGCGGCCAAGGAGCCGGCCUAGAGGCUGGGUGCUGGAUUUCUGCUCGUUUCCUGCAGCCAGUAUUUUAACCAGGGAGUGUAACCAUUUUGCUGUAUCGCUGGAGGCUUAAUACUAAUCAUGUGCUAAAUACUGAGUUACUACACUAGAGUAGAGUGAAGCUUUUUUGUAAACCUUUUGUUGCUGUUGUAAUGAUAAAAGAGCGUUUUCCCUCCAUUGGCAGCACCUCUUGCAAAAAAGCGUGGUGCUGUGUGUGGGCCCGAAUGCGCGUGGGGGUGCGCUGAGCAUGGCAAAAUGUAUGGGCAACGUUUAGUAAGCGGUUUUGUAUAAAGCUAUUUUUCAUUAUGGGGACAAGACGUGAACAGAGAUAUACUAAAGAAGUGUGAUUAUACACAACUGUAAAACUGAAACUAAAAUAUUUUUCUUUUAUUUUGGUGUUAUUUAGCUUUGUUACAGAUUUCUAUUUUUGUCAACAAAUGUCACGGUUCCUUUCGAGAUCUUUUUGCCAAAACAUUUUGAUACUAUUGUAAUGUACAUUUGAAAGUAGGAUGCUGGACAGUAAACCUCUGCACAAGAAACAGAACAAGACUGGUCUUAGUGCGCGGGAGGCAACUCAACCUAUUGCACUGCCAUUCAGAGUAUAUUUAAGAAUUCGCCAAGCCGAGGAAAAAAUAAAUUGUUUGACCCAUGUAGGGAGUUGCCAAUUAUGAUUUCUUUUCUUAGCUAAAUUCACCCUUUUCCUUCAGCUUUCUUGUACUGAGACCUGGUAACCCAUUAAUGUAUUACAUUGUGGAUUUUAAAAUGUACACUUCUGUACCGUUCUGUAUACUGGCAAACUUUUGUACAUACCUAUAAAUAGAUAUAAAUAAAUAAAUACUGUAUGUGGCUGGGCACAUAGAGUAGUUUUACCACACCAAAGUUCAUUUUUAUGCAUGCUUUCCAAAUAUAUAUGGGACAGGGCUGAAAAAGAUGAUGGGUCACACAGGAGAAAAAGCAACAAGCUUGCAGAGCUCAUGGUUUUGUAAAUAAAUUUAUUUGUAUAACACCCUAAUGUAAUAUACAGAACUAUGAAAAGCAAAGAUCUUUACAGAAAUAAAGGGCUGCAUGCUUAUGUUUUGUA